AUGGUGAAGGGCCCCGGUCUCUACUUGGAUAUCGGCAAGAAAGCCAGAGAUCUUCUUUACAAGGAUUACCAAAGCGACCACAAGUUCACUGUUACCACUUACACUUCUACUGGAGUUGCAAUCAGUUCAACUGGAAUUAGGAAGGGUGACCUCUAUCUGGGAGAUGUGAGCACUCAGCUGAAGAACAAGAACAUCACAACUGAUGUAAAAGUUGACACCGACUCUAAUCUUCGCACAACCAUUACCAUUGAUGAGCCUGCACCUGGUCUGAAGGCAAUCUUUAGCUUUAUUGUACCUGACCAGAGAUCUGGCAAGGUGGAGCUCCAAUAUCAGCAUGAGUAUGCUGGAAUAAGUACUAGCAUUGGGUUGACUGCCAAUCCGAUUGUUAACUUUUCUGGUGUUGUUGGGAACAAUCUUCUCUCUCUUGGAACAGAUCUUUCCUUUGAUACAGCCUCUGGAAACUUCACAAAAUGGAAUGCAGGGUUGAAUUUCACCCAUACUGAUCUCAUUGCUUCCCUUAUACUGAAUGAUAAAGCUGACACUGUUACUGCCUCCUACUACCACACUGUAAGUCCACUCACCAACACUGCUGUUGGUGCGGAGCUCUCCCAUAGCUUUUCAAGCAAUGAAAACAGUCUCACAAUUGGAACUCAGCAUGCACUUGACCCCCUAACCACAGUGAAGGGUCGUGUGAAUAACUAUGGCAGGGCAAGUGCUCUCAUCCAGCAUGAGUGGCGUCCCAAAUCUUUCUUCACCAUCUCAGGAGAGGUUGAUACCCGGGCAAUCGAAAAGAGUGCAAAGAUCGGUUUGGCCUUGGCACUCAAGCCAUAG